GUACAGUCUGUGCCAUGAUCAGGUUUGUUUUCCUGUUGCUUUUUUCAGUCCUGGGCAGGCGCAUUCAUGCUGAAGAAACCAGGCGAUAUUUGGAACCUUCCACCUUUGGAUUUUCUGUAUCACUAGAGGCCAUGCUGCCGCUUUUAAAAUUAAAAGAAAAGACUGUGGCAAACCUACGCAGCUAUGCGGAAACUUUGGAGCAGCAACUGGCAGAUGUCCAACUAGCCAUUCGGAUGUACGAGGAUCUGCACAGGCAGGCGAGCUUAAAUGCUAUGAAUAUAAUACAUCAGUUCGCAGUGGUGCGUCACAUGCAUCUGGAUUGGGCCAAGUGGGUUAGUGUCAUGCGGCCUCAGGUGGAAAAAAUACAGAUACAGAUACUGACGGAGCUGCAGCCACAAAUGCCCACGAACAUGGACAUGGUGGAGGCCCUCAAAGGCAUGCAGCGCAUACAGUUUACUUAUGCGUUGGAACCAGGGGACAUAGCCAAGGGAAACCUGCGCGGCAGACAAUACAAGGCUAAGCGGUGGGGAGCCUUUGAGACAUUUGUCUUUGGAGUUCUAUGCCAACUUCAAGGGUAUUACAAGGACGCUGACGCUUGGCUAAAACUAACUAAGGAAAGCUACAAGUGGCAUGCCAAUCCCAGACAGCUGGAGUUCCGUCACUGGACCUAUGCGCAUGUCUUGGAGUACUUAAUGCUUGCCAACAUAGGCCUGGGUAAAUUUGAGACUGCUUUGGAACAUGCCAAAGAACUGUUGGUACUACAGCCCUACGAUGAAUACAUCCAAGCUAAAGCACAAGAACUUGGUACGAAAUCAGAUGAGCACAAACCAGAACCAUCAUUGCCCAUAGAUUCGGAUGCGGAGCUGCUCAAGAGAUUGUGCCGUCAGAAUCAGUCAUUGCCUGCUGGGAGGCUGCACUGUCGUUAUACGCGGGAAAAUGCCUUUGUACGCUUAGCCCCAUUUAAAAUGGAAGAACUUUCCCUUAGUCCAGCGAUCAGUAUCUAUCACGAUGUGCUCAGCAAUGAAGAGCUGGCUAUUGUUAAGCGUUUGGCAAGUCCGCUUUUGACACGGAACCGAAUAACAUACAGGGAAAUUGACAGUUUCACGGACUACAUGGCCACUCGUCCAUGGCAAUCAGCAGAGCUAAGCGGGUCAAUGCAUGCGAUAAUUAACACCUUGAAUCGAAGGAUACGCCUUGCCAUUCAUGCACCCGGAAGUUCCCUCAAGUCCGAAGAUCUGCAAGUCAGAAACUUUGGCAUUGGCGGACACUUCCUGGAGCAUACCCCAGGCGAUAAAGAUGUCGUCACUGCCCUGCUUUAUCUGAGUAAUGUCGAGCAAGGAGGUGAAACACAUUUUCCCUCUCUAAAUCUACGGGUGACUCCACAAAAGGGUUCGCUUCUGGUAUGGCCCAGGACAGGCAAUUCCCACAUUGAGUGUCCCGUCAUUGUGGGCAAUAAGUGGGUCGCCACGAAACGGAUACAAUUAUUUAUUGGAUGAUAAAUAAAUAAAUAAAUGAAAAUAAAAUCGAUAAAAAUUAAUAUACAUAUUAGCGUAGCUAUAUAAGUACCUAUAAAAUACCUGACACAGUUUCCCUGUUAGCUGUGGGGCAACUGGAACAAGAGUCAAGCAUGAAGCAUCCCGAUAUCAUAUUAGCCAAGCAUCUCAAAAAGUUAUUGAUUCAUAUGGUCUUUCAGAUCAGUUUACAGUGGCCCUUGCCAUGGUUAAAUUGUGCCUGUUCUUUCUGCUUCUGAUGGCUGCUGAUUGCACCCAAUCUGGGGAAGAGAAUCCAGAAGAUGUUACCACACAGGAAACAGAUGACUUUACGUACAACUGGUCCCAUGAAUCUUUGCUACAAAUUCCCGUAAGUGCAAUAAGCCCUUAAAACCGCAUCACUGUUAAACACUAAUUUGAUCGUCUCAUUUUUCAGUUGCAGACCUAUCCUCCCAAGACUACAGACUAUUGGCGCUAGAUUUGCAGAGAAAGCUAUUAAUAAAUGUAACGUAACCCCACGAAGAUCUGGGGAAUAAUCAA